AUGCUUAAUUCUACAACCUCCCCUGGCCUUCUCGGCCUUCCAGCCGACGUCGUCGUCCUGAUUCUCACCUCUUGUUCAGAUAUUGAGUCUCUCAAAGCGCUCAGAGCCAGCUGCCAAUAUCUACGUCAAUCAUUCAAAGAGGCCGAAGCCACCAUAUGUCUCUCCGUAAUAACAGCGCAGAUUAGCUCAGCUGUUGUACCGGAAGCCGCAGCGGCACUAGCAGCACGGAAGCUUCCCCAAAAGAACAUUCCAGCCUUCGAACGGUUCGUAGGCCACCCAUUAUCUCUGACGGACGCCAACUUCAUCGAAGAUCUUGCUUACCAUGUUGAGUACUUCUCUGAUCGAGCAUCCAAGUAUUUGCUCCCCUUGCGUCAAAGCUACGGUGGCCAGCCCGAAACGAGCGUCGCGGAACGGAUUCGUAUCAAGCGGGCGCUGUACAUUUGA